AUGCCUCCAGCAGUCGUCGUCGCACCGGGCUCACCCACCUCGAGUGAGGGCACUCUGCAUGAUGGCGAUGUGAUGGAGAAGUGCCAUACCAAAGAUAUGGAGGCUUUGGAUCUUAACAGUCCAGCCGAGAGUACACCGGCGAGCGUUGACUUGGAAUCGCAAACCACUCCUCAGAUCAAGCCUAAGAGGUUUGCAUCUGCUCGUUAUGCUAUACUCAAUCUGUACCGACGCCUCUUCACAAUAGUGUUCUUCGCGAACAUUGCCGUCUUCGUCUAUGUCAUGACCACCAAGCAAACGCUGCUAGCACUGGUCAAUGCCACAGCUGCCAACCUACUCGCCUGCGGUUUGGCCCGCCAGCCACUAGUCGUCAACGCCAUCUUUCGGAUCGUGUGCUCGAUGCCGAGGUCGGCACCGCUUCCCCUCCGUCGUGUCGCCGCUAAGGUAUACCACUAUGGUGGUGUGCAUAGCGGAUGUGGAGUGGUCUCCCUCCUCUGGUACCUGGGAUUCGUCGGCGUCCUGUCCAAUCAAUACUGGAACCCAUCAUCGGCCAGUCCGCAAUACAUCAAGUCAGCGGUGUCAGUCGUCCUCUCUUACAUCAUCUUAGUCCUGCUUUUAGCGAUCGUUGUGGUGGCCCACCCCGCAGUGCGCAUGAAGCGACAUGAUUAUUUCGAACUCACCCACCGUUUUUCGGGGUGGCUUAUCGUAGCCCUGUUUUUCGCCCUCUUGAUGACCGUUUCGCGAGAGGCUAGCCAGUCUCAGCACGAACCCCUUGGCAAAUUCCUCCUCUCGCUACCAGCCUUCUGGUUCUUGCUUAUCACCAUCCUGGCCAUCAUCCAGCCAUGGAUCAUGCUCCGCAAGGUAGCGGUGCGUGCCGAGCCCCUUUCCACACACGCAACCCGCCUGCACUUCGACCACGCCAUCACCACUUUCGGCAAAGGCACCCAACUAGCCAAGCACCCCCUCCGAGACUGGCACGGCUUCGCCACUUUCCCUGACCCCACCCCGUCAGCCGUGCACGGCACCCCCAGCUUCUCCUGCCUGAUCUCCAAAGCAGGCGACUGGACCGCCGACACAAUCCAGAACCCACCGACGCACCUGUGGAAGCGAGGCGUGCUGAUUUAUGGCUUUGCCUACGCCAUGCGCGUCUUCCGCAGGGUGAUUGUCGUUACCACCGGAUCGGGUAUAGGGCCAUGCUUGUCAUUCCUCGGCGAUGACAACCGGCCUGCUCUGCGCGUGCUGUGGCAGACCCGUGCCCCGCUCAAGACAUACGGUGAGGGCGUGAUGGAUCUGGUGCGUAAGAUGGAUUCCGACCCCAUCAUCCUAGACACAGACCAGUGCGGUCGCAUCGACAUGGUCCCUAUCAUCUUGCAGCAGAUCAAGGACUUCGAUGCAGAAGCGGUGUGCGUGAUCAGUAACCCUGUGCUGACGGGGCGAAUUGUUUAUGAGCUCGAAGCGCGAGGGACCCCGGCGUUUGGUCCGAUUUUCGAUUCCUGA